AUGCGAGGACGGCGGAUCGGGCCAGCUGAGCCGUGGGCGGUGCUGCAGUGCUCUCUCACCGCCUGCUCCCGCAGCCUCGGCCCCACGGCUCCUGUGCCGCCCUGGAAUAAUUCAGAUAAUGGAUUACUUGAAUAUCAUAAACAUUUAGGGUUUAACAGAUUUGUUACAUACAGACGUUGUAUCAUGGAUUUAAAAGACCAUAGCCAGCGGGCAGCGGCGGGCGGAACGACCGAGGGGCGGCGCGGGCUGGGCGGCGGGUGCGGCGGUCCGUGCUUCCUCGUGGUGGAGGGCUGGGGUUCGCCGGAGACGCCGGGUUGCUCCGCGUUGCCCGGUUACCGAGCGCGUGCCCCGCGCCCGCUCUUCCGCCCGGGCCGCCCUCGGCGCCGCCUGAGCCGUGGUGCGGGCUGCGCGGGGCGUCGGUUCCGCGGAAGCCUGGGUAGGGCGCUGCGUGCGGGACUCUCGUCGCUCGUGGACGGGGCGCGAGCGCGCGGGGGACGUAGGGCGCCGACCUGGGGCUCCCCGGCGCUCCGGCUCCGCUCAGGGCGCCCGCUCAGGGGCCUCCGGCGCGAGGCCCCCUUUCUGGUCAAGAUGGCGGCGCCCAGGCGGGCCGCGCCGAGCUCCGAGGGCGUCGUCAGCCCUGCUCCCGGGGCUCACAACUUCUCCGGUAGUCGGCUUCAGCAGUGCGCAGAGAGAGCAGUGGACGACAGCUUCCGUCGGCAUCUUCUAUCAAGCAGUUUUGGAGUAGCGCCUCAGAUGAAGACACUGAGGAAGAGAAAAGUUAAGAAUUUGCCUAUGAUCAGUUAUCCAUCUGUUCAGCCAGUGCACAAAUUACACUGCCCAACUCCAAGAUCAGGACCACACAAUGAAGAACUUGGAGUCCCCGUGGCUAGUCCAGCAGAGAGAAAAGGAGAAACAGAGAUGCGAGAGAAAAUAAAGGGAACUCUUGGUGCAAUUUGGUGCUGCUGCAGGCCCAAGUCCAGCCUUUCCAAACUUAGUGUGGAGAAACUGAACAAAUGCAAGCACAAAGGUAUGACUUCACCUCCUGACAAAGAAGGAGGAGGAGAUUCCUGCCCAGACUGAUGUCCCAAAGAAACAACCAUGAUUGUGAGGCAUGGCAUCCAGGGGGAGUUAAAGUCUUACUAUUUUAGCUCUUCAUCAGGCUCCAGGUCCAAGAUCAUGUCUAGAGCUUGUCUACAGUGAGGCACCUGCUCAUUGAGUUGACUAAGAUUAAAUUUGUCCUGGAUGGAGUCUUCAUCCACUUCACAGAAGAAUUCAUAGUCAUGGAGUCCACAGAACCAGUAUAAAUAACACUUCCGGAUGUUUAAAUCAUUUUUUUUAAUUUGUCAUUUAUUUUUCCUUACUGAUUUCCUGAUGCUUCUUUGUCUCUGUAAUUUUGCUUUCUUGAGUGAUCAUAAAAGUCUUUGAAA